GCAACGAGAAAUAAAUAGAUCCCCACUUUCUUUUUUCCUUCCACCAAACACUCCCAUUUUCUCUGCAUCCAAUCAACUAGAAAAUUUAAAAAAGAAAAAAUCAGUAAUUAUUUCACUGUUUUUCUUGUUUUGCAUUUGUGUAAUUGUGUAUGUGUUUGUUGGAGAUUUUUUUUCCCUUUUUAGUUUAAUUUUGUUCAGUGGUGUGGCCAACCUCAAAUCAUUACACACUGCUUUCUUUCCUUUCGUCUCUGAAAAGCUAGGUCACUCUCCUUCUCAAUUAGCAAACAAAUACACUCUUUCUCUAAUUACGCCAAUCGUUCCUUUUUCUUUAACUUUCCUGCAUUUUACGGUCCCGAAGAAGGAACCGCCAUUGUUAGCGUAUGCUGUGUUUGUUACUACUUUUGUUGAAAAUGUCGAGAUGAGGAGUGACCGAUGGGGUGCGUCUUUGGGAGACAGGUAUCGGCGAAGCCGGUAGUGAGGCAGGAGGAGUCAGAUGUGGUUGUUAGAGUUGGUAAGAAAGCGGAUACUGAUAGUGGUGAGGUGAGGAAUGGAGGAAAUCGGAGGGAGAGUGAGAAGGAGGAGGAGGCGGCGGUGGUGGAUGAGAGAAAUGUGCGGUCCAGGGGAGAGAGAAGGCGGUCUUCGAGGCCAAAUCCGAGGCUUAGCAACCCUCCAAAGCACGUUCAUGGUGAACAGGUUGCCGCUGGCUGGCCUUCGUGGCUCUCCGCCGUCGCUGGAGAAGCCAUCAAUGGAUGGACCCCCCGCCGGGCUGACACCUUUGAGAAGCUGGAUAAGAUUGGGCAAGGUACAUACAGUAAUGUGUACAAAGCUAGGGAUUCGUUGACCGGGAAAAUUGUUGCACUGAAGAAGGUUCGGUUUGACAAUUUAGAGCCUGAGAGUGUCAAGUUCAUGGCUAGGGAGAUUUUGAUUCUGCGGCGUUUGGAUCAUCUCAAUGUUGUCAAAUUGGAAGGUUUAGUGACUUCAAGGAUGUCAUGUAGCUUGUACCUUGUAUUUGAAUACAUGGAGCAUGAUCUGGCUGGACUUGCUGCGAGCCCAGGAAUUAAGUUCACCGAGCCUCAGGUCAAAUGUUACAUGCAUCAGCUCUUAUCUGGGCUUGAACACUGUCACAACCGCCAUGUGCUGCAUCGUGACAUUAAGGGGUCAAAUCUUCUUAUUGAUAAUGGUGUUCUUAAGAUAGCUGAUUUUGGAUUGGCAUCUUUUUUUGAUCCUAAUCACAAGCAGCCAAUGACUAGUAGAGUGGUCACCCUAUGGUAUCGACCCCCAGAGCUUCUUCUUGGUGCCACUGAUUAUGGCAUUGGUGUGGACCUUUGGAGUGCUGGUUGUAUACUGGCUGAGCUAUUGGCUGGAAAAGCUAUCAUGCCUGGUCGAACAGAGGUGGAGCAACUCCACAAGAUAUUUAAAUUAUGUGGAUCACCUUCUGAUGAGUAUUGGAAAAAGUCAAAAUUGCCGCAUGCAACCAUAUUUAAGCCCCAGCAAUCAUAUAAGAGAUGUAUAGCAGAAACUUUUAAAGAUUUCCCGCCAUCAUCAUUGCCACUAAUUGAAACCCUUCUUGCAAUUGACCCAGCAGAACGAGGAACUGCAACUGCUGCUCUGAGGAGCGAAUUUUUUACAACCAAGCCUUAUGCUUGUGAGCCUUCUAGUCUUCCAAAAUACCCCCCUAGCAAGGAGAUGGAUGCUAAAUUAAGGGAUGAAGAAGCAAGAAGGUUGAGAGCUGCUGGGAGGGCUAAUCCAGAUGGCAUAAAGAAAACCCGUCGUGAGAGACCUAUAAGGGCAAUUCCUGCUCCGGAGGCCAACGCAGAGCUUCAGGCCAAUCUUGAUAGGCGGCGUUUAAUAACACAUGCAAAUGCGAAGAGCAAAAGUGAGAAAUUCCCUCCACCGCACCAGGAUGGAGCUAUUGGCUACCCUCUGGGUUCUUCACAUCACAUUGAUCCGGUUUUUGAUCCCCCUGACGUCCCUUUCAGCUCCACAAACUUUGCAUAUGCUAAGGCACCUAUUCAAACUUGGUCAGGUCCUUUGGUGGGUGCUCCAAGGAAAAAGAAGCACACUGCAGGUGAUAGGCAUACUCAUUCAAGGUCUUCAAAGGACUCACAGGGAUGAAAAUUCUGCACUAGUUGAAGAUAAUGAACUGUUAUACUUUCUGGUAUUUGAUGAGAUUCUUGUAGAGGCUGCAAGCUAUUGCUCCUGUCUUCGGGGAAUCAUACCCGGGAAAAACCAGUUAAAUUGCACGGAGAGGUAAAAAGGUAAAAUAUCAUUGUAAGUCAAUUUUGCGAUCCCUUAAUUCUUUCUUUCUUUUCUUUUCUUUUUUGUCUUUUGUCAAUUGUGAGAAAGCUUCCCUAGUGUUGUAUAUGUUCGCCGUGUUGGAAAACUAUAUCUACAUUAAUGGAAAAAAAUUCAAUAAAUAUGUUUCACAUGUUUUUUCACUGAUUCUUCUCAUUUUUGCCUUUAAGGCCACCUACAUAUUCCAAACAUGUAAUGUCAUGAAGUGUCUUUGCCUUGUGUUUAAUUUUAAUUUCACAUGGCAAGCUUUCCUUACCCAUACACAUAGAAAGUGUUAUUGUUUUAUGUCAAAUUUGAUAUAAACGCUGGUGUUAGUCGUGCAUGAUUGAAAAUACUUUGUAUUUCAAAUUCAUGGCUGUAUAUGUUGCUUUAUUGAAGUUUAGACAUCGCCUGCUCUCA